AAUGUCAAAACAGAGACCGACGAGACUAACCAGUCGAGCUGUUGUAGAAGUGCAUGAUUUUUAUCACCACACAUUUACAAAAAAUAACAUCAUAUCCCAUUUACAGGACGUGAACUGCACUAUUAUUCAAAGCGGAAGAAGCAGAGAACCUCAAGCUGUGUUGAAUCUCUCGCUCAUUUGACAUGCUGUCGCUCACAUUACAGCGGAUUCCUGCUUUCACCUCAUCAUUAUUCUGCAGAUGUAGCUCAAAACUCCUUCAACGACACUGCAGUCGCAUGUUGUCCAAGAAAACGAGAGUAUCCGAUGCGCUCGCAAGCAAAGAGUCAGGAUCACAUGUUAGAAUACAGGGCUGGGUUCGAUCCGUCAGGCCACAGAAAGACAACCUCUUCUUACAUGUGAACGAUGGAAGUUCAUUGCAACCUCUACAGGUUGUUGCCAGCUCACACCUGAAUACCAGAGACCUCACAUUUGGCUGUGCUGUUGACAUCACUGGCACCUUAGAGAAGAGUCCAAAUAAGAAACAGAAUGUGGAGUUAAAAGCUGAGCGCAUUGAAGUGGUUGGAGAAUGCAAUCCUGUGGACUUUCCUUUCAAGAUCAAGGAGCGUCAUUCUCUGGAGUACACCAGGCAGUUUCCUCACCUCAGAUGCCGAACAAAUGCCUUCAGCUCCCUGCUCAGGAUACGCAGUGAGGCUACAAAUGCUAUCCAGUCGUUCUUCAGGGAGAACGGUUUUGUGCAGAUACACACACCAGUAAUCACCUCAAAUGACUGUGAGGGAGCUGGAGAACUCUUCCAAGUUGAGCCUGCAGGUGAUAAAAAAGACUCAGAUGACCCCAACCCACAUUUCUUCUCAGUGCCAGCUUACCUAACAGUCUCAGGACAGCUACACCUGGAGGUGAUGGCAGGGGCUUUUUCAGCAGCGUACACAUUCGGUCCUACAUUCAGAGCGGAGAACUCUCAAAGCAGGAGACACUUGGCAGAGUUUUACAUGGUAGAGGCAGAGAUUGCCUUCACUGAGUCACUAGACGACCUGAUGAAGGUAAUGGAGAAUUUAUUCAAGGCGACGACAGAGCAUGUGCUGUCCCAUUGCGCAGAGGACGUUGAGUUAUUCCACAAAUAUAUGGCACCAGGACACAGGGACCAAGUGGAUCUCAUGUUGAAAAGAAAAUUUUAUGUCAUUUCUUACACUGAGGCGAUAGACAUUCUGAAGAGCAGUUCACAGGACUUUACAUUCAGUACCGAGUGGGGCUGUGAUCUUCAUACAGAACAUGAGAAGUUCCUAGUGAAACAUUGUGGAAACGUCCCAGUGUUUGUCAUUAACUAUCCCUAUGAGCUAAAGCCUUUCUAUGCCCGAGACAACCAGGACCAGCCCAAGCACACUGCAGCUGCCGUAGACCUCUUGGUGCCUGGAGUCGGGGAGCUUUGCGGUGGAUCCCUGAGAGAAGAGAGAAUAGAAGUUCUGAGCCAACGACUAGCACAGGCUGGAUUGAAGGACACAUAUGAAUGGUAUCUGCAGCUGAGAGAGUUUGGCUCUGUCCCACAUGGUGGUUUCGGUAUGGGCUUUGAGAGGUACCUGCUGUGCAUUCUGGGACUCCACAAUAUCAAAGAUGUGAUUCCAUUUGCAAGGUUCUCACACUCCUGCCUCCUUUGAAAUUAAAGAAAAAGAAUGAUUGAA